GCCUAGUUGCCCAGAAAACACAAGAAUACUAAAUUUUAGGUGGCCACUAGAGUUUGAAUCCAUUCCCUCUAAAUUGAAAUACUCCAAAAGAUAACCACGAUUCAUCUCAUCCAUCUUCUAGCUACUGAUUAUCACUCACUCUUGACAUGAUAGGCGCCACAAUCAAACAUUUUAAGGCCAUUUCUUAUUGUUUUGGUUUGAUUAUCAUAGCCCUUAAAGCAUUCGCAUGCAGCCCAACACGUAGUACUUGCUCCCAAGAGGCCAAAACAGCUAUAUUUCGUAUGGUUUUUUGUAGCCAGUGUUGCUUCUUUUCACUACAUCUCAUAUCCGCCAGCCACCUCCAUCUCUGCCAUCUUGGACACUCGGCAAUCAGCAUGUGAAACUCACCCCCCACUCCAUUCACAGACAACUUCUUGUUGGGUGCUAUAAAUUACCCAAUAUGGGGUGGCUGUGAAGGGCAUCGGCUCUGAAUUCUGAAACAUGGCGUCGAGAGCUAAGCUUUGUUUGUGUGCAUUGGGGUUCACUCUGUUUCUUGCUUGUGUGUCUGUUGGUUUGAGUGCUGAGAGCCGCGGAAAUCAAGUGGAAAUCCCCCGAGAGGAGCAAGAACAGGGCAGGCACAAUCCCUACUACUUCCAUGAGCAUAGUUUCCAAUCAAGGUUCAGGUCUGAGGAUGGCCAUUGGAGGGUGCUGGAGAGGUUCUCACAGAGGUCUGACGUUCUAAGAGGAAUUGAAAACAACCGAUUUGCCAUACUUGAGGCCCGCCCUCAGACCUUCAUCAUCCCCCACCACUUGGACGCUGAAACAGUUCUCUUGGUUGUAAGAGGAAGGGCGGCCAUAACUACGGUUGUUCAAGAAAGGAAGGAAACAAAAAGAGAGUCUUAUAACGCUGAACGUGGAGAUGUCAUGGUGAUCCCGGCAGGGGCCACGAUUUACUUGGUCAACCAUGAGAAUGAAGAUCUACAGAUCGUGAAAUUGAUUCAGCCCAUUAACAAUCCCGGCGAGUUUAAGGAUUACCUAUCUGCUGGAGGUGAAGAUCAGUCAUAUUACACCGUUUUCAGCAAUGAUGUUCUUGAAGCUGCUUUAGACAUCCCACGUGAUAGGCUAGAGAGGGUUUUCAAGCAGCACAGUGAGAGGCGAGGAAAAAUCAUAAAGGGUUCACAAGAACAGCUGAAAGCGUUGAGCCAACGCGCCACUUCUGUCAGAAAAGGUGGCCGAGGAACCCGAGCUCUAAUCAAGCUCGAAAACCAAACCCCUGUUUACAGCAACCAAUACGGGCAGAUGUUCGAGGCUUGCCCCGAUGAAUUCCCGCAACUCCAGAGAACCAAUGUGGCCGCUGCGAUUGUUGACAUCAAACAAGGCGGAAUGAUGGUGCCCCACUUCAACUCGAGAGCAACGUGGGCGGUAUUCGUUGCAGAAGGAGCCGGCUCCUUCGAGAUGGCGUGCCCUCAUCUUCAGGGCGAGGAAUCAGAAGGAAGAAGCAGUCGAUUUGAAAGAGUCGCCGGUCAUCUAUCACCGGGCGGCUUACUCGUCGUCCCGGCAGGUCAUCCAAUCGCCGUCAUGGCUUCCCCGAAGGAGAAUCUCCGCUUGGUUGGCUUCGGAAUCAACGCCCAAAACAACCUAAGAAACUUCCUAGCCGGGAAAGAGAACAUAAUGAACGAAGUAGACCAAGAAGCGAAGGAACUCACAUUCAACAUAAAAGGAAAGGAAGCGGAUGAGAUUUUCAAAAGCCAGAGAGAAUCGUUCUUCACGAAAGGGCCGGUAGGGGAACGCCGGAGAUCGACGGAGAGACGCCCGUUGCUGUCGAUUCUGGAAUCGGCCGGUUACCUGUGAAAUUAGCCAUCAAGAAAUAGAAGAUGCAGAGAAAUGAAUAUGAACAUAAAUAAAUAAAAAUAAUGGAAUGGUAUUUUGAAGUUGGGGGACUUUUUGGUCUUUUGAGAGGGAGUAAGGGUAUUAAGAAGAAGGGGAAGCUUUUUGUACCAGUAAGAGGGCAUUAUGCUUGUGGAAAAAUAAAUAAAUAAAUGAUAAUCUGUUUUGCUGUGUUUGCUAAGA